GCUGGAGGCCAUCAUGACAAAGAAAAAUUCACGGUACCUUUAACCUGCUCAGUACAAGCCCUCUCUCAGGUUCCCUCUGAUUUGUGGGCUACCUCUCCCCAUGAUGUGGGCCUGGUUAAGAACUGCCCCCCAGUAGUCAUCACUCCGAAAUCUGACUACCGCCCCUGCCAGAAGCAAUAUCCUCUCAAACCUGAAGCUUUGGAGGGUAUUACACCUGUCUUCAAUUCACAUCUUAGGAGUGGUAUUGUUGUUUCUUGUCCAAAUUCACCUGUUCGCACUCCUAUUUUCCCAAUCAUGAAACCACGUAAACCACCAGCCAAACCUGACUGGCGUUUUGUCCAAGAUCUCCAAGCUGUCAAUAAAGCAGUUAUUUCACGGGCCCCUAUGAUGCCCAACCCCCACACCAUCGUGUCGCAGAUUCCUCCUACUGCUACACAUUUCUCCGUGGUAGAUCUGGCAAAUGCUUUUACGUCUGUUCCUGUUCAUCCAGACAGCCAAUUCUGGUUCGCUUUUGAGUUCAAUGGGAAACCAUACACUUGGACCCGGCUUCCCCAGGGGUACUGUGAGUCCCCCACAAUCUACAAUGAGGUACUAAGAGAUUCUCUUUCUUCUUUGCAGCUUCCACAGGGCGUAGUUUUAUUAACUUACGUUGAUGACCUUCUGCUCUGCUGUCCUUCUGCCUCCUUGUGUGAGGAGGCCACACUGGCCCUCCUCCUCCAUCUUCAUUCUGAGGGUCAUAAAGCCAGUCUGCGUAAACUACAGUUCUGCCAGCCUCAAGUCAUCUUUCUAGGGCAUCACAUUUCUGCCACCACCAAGGCCCUGACCCCUAAACGGAUUGAGGCCAUUCAGAAAGCACCAAAACCUGUUACCAAGAAACAGCUGAUGUCAUUUCUAGGUAUGGUAGGGUUUUGUCGGGCCUUUAUUCCACAUUUUUCUGAACUUGAGGCCCCCCUGACUUCCUGUAUACAUGGUAAGAAUCUAUCUGCUCAUGACCAUUUCUUCUGGACCCCGGAGGCUGAGCAGGCUUUCCUGUCUGUGAAACAAGCGCUGUGUUCUGCUCCAGCCCUGGCUCUGCCAGACCCAACCAAACCUUUCUUUCAGUUUGUUGAUGAAAAACAUGGUUUCAUGUCUUCUGUUCUCCUUCAACAGCACGGCUCUCGCAAGCGCCCGGUGGCCUAUUACUCUUCCAAGCUCGACUCUGUUGCUGCGGGUCUUCCUGGCUGUCUGAGAGCUGUGGCUGCAUGUGAGAAGGCUGUACUUGCAUCACGUGACAUUGUGGGAUACAGUGAGCUAACUGUUUUUGUUCCUCAUUCUGUAUCCAUCAUUUUGCUCGAACAAAAGACUUCUCAUCUGUCUGCAGCUAGAUGGCUGAGAUACACCACAGUUCUUCUCGAUAUGCCUAACAUCACUAUGAAACGGUGUACAUCACUUAACCCUGCCACUCUUCUUCCUACCGCAGAAGAUGGUGUUCAUCACUGUUGUGAGACUGUUCUGUCUGAAAUCUGCACUCCGAGACCAGAUUUAUCUGAUGAGCCUCUUCUUAACUCUGAUCUCAUUCUUUUUUGUGAUGGCUCCUCCUUCAGAGACCAUUCUGGUAAGAACAGAGUGGGUUUUGCUGUCUGUGAUGAGCAUCAGGUUCUCUUCUCUGGCUCCCUCCCUUCACAAUUCUCUGCUCAGACAGCUGAACUUGUUGCUCUCACUGAGGCCUGUAAAUUCGCACAAGGUAAGUCCCUGACUGUGUAUACCGAUUCGCGUUACGCCUUUGGUGUAGUUCAUGACUUUGGUGCGUUGUGGCGUCACCGUAAUUUUUUGAAAUCUGAUGGUAAGCCUAUUUUGAACUCCACACAGGUUGCGGCUCUCCUUGACGCUAUUCUUCUUCCUUCAGAUGUCGCUGUAGUGAAAUGUCAAGCUCACACUAAUGACACUUCCUCUGUUGCCCGUGGCAACGCCUUGGCCGACCAGGCUGCUAAGCAGGCAGCUCUGUCAGCCUCGCCGCACAUUCUCACCUCUUCUCCUCUCACAGAAGAGGAUCACUCUCCUCCCUGUUCUCUGCAGGACAUCCAGUCUUUUUCUACUCCAGAGGAACGCUCUGUCUGGAAGGCUAACUCCUGCACCCCUGAUUCUGCAGGCUAUAACACCGCCCGCCCUCUUGCCUGCCCUCCAGCUGGUCAUACACCACCUAAUCAGCCUUUUGAUCAUUUGAUGAUGGAUUUCAUUGAGUUAACACCUGCAGAAGGUAAGAAAUAUUGUCUAGUUAUGGUAGACAUGUGGUCAAAGUGGGUUGAAGCUUUUCCAGCAAAGCAUGCCACAAGUUCAGUCGUGGCUAAGGCUCUGGUGACCGAAAUCAUUCCAAGAUGGGGGAUUCCAGUUAAGGUCUCAUCUGACAAUGGUUCACACUUUGUAAAUGCGGCCCUGAAAGAGGUAAGUGGACUAUUGGGGUUCCAGCUUAAGACUCAUUGUGCUUAUCACCCGCAAUCAGGCGGAGCAAUUGAAAGAGAGAACGCCACUUUAAAAGGUAAGUUGGCUAAAUGUUGUGAAGAAACAGGACUGUCUUGGCCAAAAGCCCUCCCACUCAUUCUUAUGCACAUGAGAAUGAGGAAACGUGCCCGGACAAAUCUUAGUCCAUUUGAGAUUCUGUUUGGCAGACCUCCCUACACUGGUCUGGAUCCUCCAGGACUCUCCGUGUCUACCACAUACUGUGAAAGUAACAUGCUUGCUUAUUGUCAAAAUCUGUCCAAAGUUCUCUCACAGGUGCAGAGUGUGGUGAAAGAGGCCCUGCCACGCCCAGCAUCAGAUCUGCUUCACUCCUUGGUUCCGGGAGAUUGGAUCUUGGUUCGAGAGACGAGGAGAAAGCACUGGCGGUCUAAAAGGUGGCUGGGUCCCUUCCAGGUCCUGUUGGUCACUCAUACAGCCGUGAAGGUCGCUGAAAGGUCCACGUGGAUUCACGCAUCCCACUGUAGAAGGUUUCAAAGUACCCCAACUCCAGCUGACCUCUCAACCACAGGGCAGAAUAAUCCCUGAGGUCAGCCCCGUGCGAGAUGGUCCAUUCUCCACGGGACAACAUGAAGUACACCCAGACUGCCGUGAGGGGAUGGUCGUGCGUCAUCCUCUUCAUCCUUAUCACCUCCCUCCUCUGGUACCUGGAUCCAACCGGACCUCACCUGACACAACGCACCCCAGCUUCGUCCCAACCCGCCAGACGACUGCAGGGGACAGAAGCACCCUCCUUCAGGAGGCACCGCCGAGAUAACCACAUCCUUCAGCAUCAUGAUCACACUGAGAAUCUUUGGUGGCAAGUUGCCAAUAUGUCUGCUCAUAAAUUGACAAAUGACAGUUGCUAUGUUUGUGGACUGGUGCCGCAUGCCACACCCACUCAAUCAGUUUUUAUUCCAUAUCCAGUCCCUUUGAAUACCACUUUGUGGACUCUGAUCAUGGGUAAUAGAUUACACCCUAGGAACAUUACUUGGCCACACCAGCGCCCUCCCCUCUCCUGGAGGAGACCAGCUGAGUUUUCCAGCAACACAAACUCCACUUGUGUUUCAUCCAGAACUGUCUUCCGCUUAAGGGAUCGUACAAAUCCAUAUUCUUCUCCACCUCUUUGUUUUCAGCGAAAUGGGACAGAUGCACUAUUCUUUUUAGGACACACUCUAGGUUGUCAGCGUAUCAUUUCAGCCUCAUGUAUAUCCUCACCUUGCCCCAAACGCUCUGACCCGUUCACUUUAAAUCCUCGUGAUUUAUUCCCUGAUAGUUCUCCCUCUACAGAGUGGGCCUCAGGAGUCGUUGUGUUUAACCUUACAGCUCUCUUACCUUUUCCUGACCUUCCUAUGUACAAUAAUUCUGUUCUUAACACCAUUUGGUCUUAUAUCCCAUCAGAUACCGGCUUUGGAUGUCCUCAGAACAUGGUUUGGACAUGUGGCAGACACUCUUAUAUUUACCUUCCUGUCAAUUGGUCUGGAACAUGUUAUCUGGCUUAUCUGCUCCCUGAUGUCUCUGCGUUUACUCUAACCCCAAAUGGUACAUUGCGGCCUUUUCCCGAACCCUUUCAUCACCCCCAUCGUGUUAAACGCGGUAUCUUCUCUCCACAGAUGAAAGGAUUUAUGAUGGCUUUGCCCUGGUGGGGGGUUGGGGAACUAGCAUGGACUGUGGGAGAUCUAUCAAUCUCUUUGGAAAAUUUAACCUCUUUAUGUGUGAUUAAUAUGUUGCAUUUUAAUCAAAGGGGUGGAUUGUAAUGGAAAAUUUACAAUAUAUACCCUUAUAGUUUGUAGGUUACACUUUGUAUGUCUGUGUAUCUAGAUAAGA